UGCGCGUAAGGAUAUUUUAUUUGCCCAUAGAUGAAUUAAAUUUUGCCCAUACUCUUAAAUAAGUGCGCAAAAAUUGCUCGAUAUUUUGUCAAUUGUGGGCGUGUUGAGAAUCUUUGUUCAAAGAAUAUUUUUUUUUUUUAAGACCUUGGGAAAUAUUUACAUGGAAAAUUUCAUGUCAAUGCUUGUAUCAAGAUAUUAACAUAUAUACAUACAUGUUUAUAUAUAAGGUAUCAAUUAUUAUUUAAAACAUUUUAAAUUUUCUAAUAUUUUUAAGCAUUACUUUCCUUUUUCGAAAUUCUAGGAAUAGAGUAUGCGCAUUUUCAAAUUGAUUUUGUGAAAUAGAACUAACGAUGUAAUUAUACAUUAUUAGAACAACUCUUUAUUUUCUAAUGCGUCCAUCUUUGAGAAUCUUUAAAUCAUAAGGACGGAUUGACAGACAUAUAAACAAUAAGACAGACAAAAAACACAAGUAAAUAAAUAAAUAAUCAAAAAAAAAAAAAGAAAAAAGAAGAAAAACACAAGGCCCGUACUGUUACUUUAACGGUCUUUGAGAGAUUUGUUACAAAUGCCGCAACAAAACUUGCAUAUCGCCAUUGGUUGGCGGUAGCAAUAAAGAUAUAAUAACCGAGAGAAUACAUUACAGAAAAUAGUUAAAUUCCCAUAGAUCUUCAAAAAGAAUACAAUUUUCUAAGCAUUUUGCAUAUACUAUAUAAUAAACCAAAAAAAAAAAGUCUAUAAAUAAAUAAGUAAAAAAAACACAAAACUUAGAUAACAAAACACAAAUCAUGUCGACAGUCAUUAAUGAUGAUGUUGAAAAAAAUGCUAACAACGAAAACACUCACACAAGUACGUUGACCGUCGAAAUACCAAUAAUACCGAUUAGCGCAAUCAGUAAUGAGCAUGCUGAUAUAAUAGCUAGCCCUCCGGUAACGGUAACUGUAGCAGAGGCAUCUAAGGAUACCACGGAUACGGCUGCAAUCGUUGUUAAAUCGAAUAAUAGUGAAAAUAAUAAUAACAAUAAUAAUGCUAAUCUGCAACAAGAUCAACAGCAACAGCAACAGCAACAGCAAAACACAAAUACCACUAUCACCACCACCAUGACCAUCAGCAGCAAAGAUAAAAUGGAUACCGAUCCAGCGAUGGCCAAUUUCAAGGUUCUAUUCGUAUUGACACAAUUAAUUGGUCUGACAAUGAUCGUUUUAAUGGGUUGCUGGAUUGGUGUGCAUAUGGGCGGUUUGGCGGGCACCAGCAAUCCAUCUAUCGAAUUUAAUUGGCAUCCACUCUUAAUGACCAUCGGCUUAAUAUUCUUAUAUGGAAAUGCUAUUUUGGUUUAUCGUGGUUUUCGUUCACUGCGUAAAAAGACAUUAAAAUUGUGUCAUGCGGCCGUUCAUGUUGUUGCAUUUGUUUUGACAGUACUUGCACUAGUGGCUGUUUUUGAUUCGCAUAAUUUAAGAUCUGAGCCAAUACCGAAUAUGUACUCUUUACAUUCAUGGUUGGGCUUGGCUGCCGUUAUUAUGUUUUGCCUACAAUAUGUGGCUGGUUUUGCGGCAUUUUUGGCGCCUGGUGCUAAACAAUCCGUGCGAGCAGCUUUAUUACCGAUUCACGUUUAUUUUGGACUUUUCGGCUUCAUACUGGCCAUCGCCGCCGCUCUAAUGGGCAUUACUGAAAAGGCCAUAUUCUCUGUAAAAGAUUAUUCAAACUUACCAAGCUCGGGUGUUAUGGUUAAUCUAUGUGGUGUCUUAUAUGUAAUUUUUGGUGCUCUAGUAGUGUAUUUAGUCACUAAUCCCAACUAUAAACGAAAACCCUUGCCCGAGGAUACGGUUUUGUUAACUAGUGCUAAUGACUAGAUAAUCCACAUAUUAAAUAAUAAGCACAAAUUUUAAAUAUAUUUUUGUUUCUAUAUAAGUUAAGGUUUUGUUUAUCGCAUACGCCUAAACAUGCAGAGGAGAGUGCUCAAAUGUAUUUUCUUUACUUUGUUAAGUUGAAAUU